AUGGCAUCACGUUUUGAUGCCAUAUGCUCCCGGGUUCAAAGUGCCCUACAUAUGAAAGAAGCUGUAAAAAAUAUUGGUUCAGUUUCCAAAGAUUUAGAAAAAGCUAUGAAAUCAAUGGAUCUUCUUAAAAUCGAGCGGAUCAUGUCGAAAUUCGAAUCCCAGUUCGAAGAUCUGGAUGUUAAGUCGGCAACAAUGGAGAAUGCAAUAGGCAACGCCGUGACUCUCUCUACACCGGAAGAUCAAGUGAAUGCAUUGUUGAAAAAGGCUGCCGAGGAGCAACAGUUGGAUAUUUCUGAUUGGCUUGCAAAUGCCCCAUCCCUUUCUGAAGGAUCCAAGGUGGACGAUGAAGGACUGAGCCGCAGGCAAGAUAUCUAUUAA